AUGCGGGUCGGGAGUUUUGAAUCGACAUCCAGCCAGCGCGAUUCGCGGCGGCAACGACGCUGCGUGCCGCGGCUGCCGCAGUUCUCCCGCGCCGCUGGUCAGCGCGGCCUGCUUUUCUCCGCAGCGCUCGCGCUUGCGCUCGUAGCAGCGUGCCACGUGGACUCAGCGGAAGCAACCGCCUUUAGAGCGACGGACGAGUUUAAGCCGCCAUGUGGGCUGAUGACGGCACCCGGAGCAGGCGGAUGGAAGCGGUGGAGCGAUUGGCGCACGUGGGGCGGCCCGAUGCGCUUCCUGGGUGUGCCGGGGCGCGGGCUGCGGAAAUGGCAGGACGUCACGAUCCCGUGCGGCGUCUCGAUUCUGCUCGACGUACCCGAUAUAAGCGUGAAGACUCUCACCGUUAAGGGCUGGCUCAAGGUGCUCGAUUCCCCGUCGCUCCCUAGGAUCGACGUCAACGCGCAUUUCAUCGUCGUGAUGGGGCGGCUAACGGCGGGCGAGCCGAGCCGCCAUUUCUCGAGCCGCCUCACCUUCACCCUCUUCCCCGGGAGCCGCAAGCCGUACAUGCUGUCGAAACUCGCGCCGGCGGAUGCGGCGAACCCUCGCGACUUGGGCCACAAGGCGUUUAUUGUGGUGGGCGGCCAGGUGCAAUUCCAUGGCAUGCCAGGCGGCAGCGACACACCCUCAUGGGUGCGGCUCAGUGAGACGGCCAACGCCGGCCAGCGCUACGUCCUGGUGGAAGCUGACGUCAGCAACUGGGCGGCAGGCAUGACUGUAGCUCUGGCCUCCACCAGUAACAACCUGAACGAGGCAGAACACCAUCUGAUCGCCUCUGUUGCUGCUGACAUCAGCAAUCCUGGCAUUUUCCGCAUCAACCUGCAGACCCCCCUGAGGCACUCCCACCAGGGGGAGGUGUUACCUGACGGGGGCACGGGCACCGUAGGAAUCUUCGGGGAGGUUGCGCUGCUGGACCGCCACGUCAGCAUCCAGGGGACGAAUGACGCGGCGCCACAUCAGCUCGACGGGGGCCACUUUAUCAUCUACAUGACACCUACCAAGCAGACCCUGGAGGGUGUGCAGUUUAGAGGACUCGGAAAUCAGGGGACACUGGGGAAAUACCCUGUGCACUUCCAUAUCUGCGGGCAGAACGGGCAGGAUCACGUGGUUCGGAAAAACGCGAUCGUGUUCACCAGACAGCGAUGCAUGGUGAUCCAUGCCACGGGCAGCAUGACGAUAGAAGACAACGUAGCGUAUGAGACCAAGGGGCACUGCUACCUGCUGGAGGAGGGGAGUGAGCUCAACAAUAACUUCAGGCGCAACCUUGGGAUCAAUGCGCGGAAAGUGGAGAAGGUGAUUCCCCCCGCCAGCAGCAGCAAGCUGGACAAGCAGACAGACAAACAGCCCACCACGUUCUGGCUCGGCACGCCCCACAGCAACUUCAUAGAUAACGUGGCUGCUGGGUCCGAGGACUCGGGAUUCUGGCUGGAAGCAACGCCGUACAUGCGUGGUGUAUCCCGUCUGCUGCCUGCGAUUGGAGCCAUCAACCCGCUCACCUACAACUGGGGGGAGUACACCGGGAACCUCAUCUCCUCCCUCCUCUCCCUCUUCUCCUCUCCCAUUCCCCCCUCUUUCAACAGAAUGUUCUUUUUCAAUAGUGAGCGCAUCGUGGUCAAGAACGGAAUCUUCCUGGAAAACGCCGUGGGCAUAGACCUGAGUCGAAACGUGAAGCUCGCUGCCUCUGGCUGCAAGUUCAUCGCUCGAGCCGCUGCUGCUCCGUCUGGUUCUGCUGGUGGUUCUAGUGCUGGUGGUGCUACCGGAGUGGGCUUCACUCACCCAGAAGAUGCGCUGUUUCAAAGAGCUCAAAAGCAUGCCGGGCGUGCUAGCCACAGUGAGAUUUGCCGAUUCCCCUCUGUCCCUGGCUUCCCACCCACCACUGCAGGGGUGGAUUUCACUCGACCAGAGGAGCAGCUGUUUCAAGAGCUCAAGAGCAAGCCGGGUGCGCUGGCACGAGUGAAGCAGCAGCAGAGGGCCGGGCCGUUGCAGCGGGUGAUAGGGGACGGCAAGACGGGCAGUUUUGCGUCGCCUGUGGGGAUUGUGGUCAGCCAGUGCAAUCCCUCCGACCCUCCUGGACCAAGCUCCAUCCAGGAUUCUUUCUUCUCAAACUACGGCGCCACUGACGAUGCCAGCUUUGCUGUGAUUCUCACAGCCAACCACGCGGGAGGGUACUGGAACAGUGCUUUUUACGUCAAGGGUCUCACCUUUGGAUCUGGAACCAAUAAGUUCUGGGCCACUCCUAAUCCCUCCGCAGGCACGCCCCCCCGGGGGGGUCUGGUGGCGCGCUUCUACGCCAUCCGGGAUCUCGACGGAUCUCUCCUCGGCCAAUCAGGCUACGCCGUUGCCAACUACAAUCCAAUCCUCCCGCCCGCCGCCGUCCGGGCGGCCAAGUGCUCGUUGGACAGUGCACAGAACGUGUAUGCUUGCACGGGGGUGUGCUAUCGGUCAGUGGGGAUCGGAUACCAUGAGUGGGGGGUGCAACCCAACGGCAUGGCUGGGCUUCCGGCUUACGUGCUGAGACCAUACAGUUAUGUCGUCGUGACCAGGCUAGAGGACGGGGCACAGUUCACAGACUACGGCACGGACAACGACAACCCCAACAGCGGCCCGGCUGUAUCAACCAAGAAAGUCCGCCGCUACCUCACUUCCUCCCUCCUCGCCGGCUACACCUACAGCCUGCGCAUCGUGCCCGCGCCCACCAACCCGCUGUUCUAUCCCCAAGGGAUUUUUGUGCGGUCCUAUGACCAGGAGGGGUGUGUGGGGGCGAUCACGGUGGUGCUCGAGCCCAAGGACGUGAACAGCCAAUGGGUCACCAACAUCCCCACCAUACCCUGCACGGGCCAGAACAGCAGUCUGGCGUAUCAGCAGUACCAGUGCAUCGACGGGCAAUCGAAGCUGGCGAUCCGCAUAGGGGAGAACAGCUACGGCAAUCACGCCAUUGUCAACUCCACUGCUGCUGCUGCGAGCCAGACGUGCACACAGGACACGCCUUGUUCCACGACCGCCGCAACACCCUCCUCCACUCCCCAGGCCUCCCCCUACUCCUCCGACCCUCUCACUCCCAUGUCCACCUCCGCUCAGCCUCUCUCCCCCACUCGCACAACGGCCGGCAACAUCGACCCUUUCUAUGACCCCGCCUUCUAUGCUCCCUCGUAA